CCUCCGGACGGUGCGCUUUGGAGAGACAGGGCGCGCAGCGCAGGGCGAGGGGUGAGCCGUGCCAAGGGGGGGGGGGGCUUUGGGCGCAGGGGAGACUCAGGGAGGAGGGCAGAGGAAGUUGGGGGGGGGCUGAGGGAGGAAUGGAGGCAUCCCUGGGGGAGGGAAGCACAGCAUUGGCAGGGGGCAGAGACACGGUUUUGGGGGGGAAACUGGGUGCGUCUUCAGCGCCGGAGAGGCUGCGGCGCUACCAUGACAUUUGCUUCCCGCUCAACAGCCUCCUUUAAGAGGCAUCCAUAAAGCGGGAGGGGGGGAGCCCUAUUCCCACCCCCACCCCCGUUUCCCUCCCUAGAAGCUGGAUUCAUGGAAUCAUAGAAUUUGUCAGAGAGCCAGCCAGCAAAAAAAUGACACGAAAUAGGUGAAGUUAAAAUUGUUGUUAACUCUUUAGUAGCAGAAACAAGGCCUGGUCCGGGGAGCCAGGUCUAAUGGGCGCAGCAACUCUUCUGGGUAUUUCUUUUCCCCCUAUGCGGCAGUUGCAGAGGCUGCAAAUCUGGUCGGAGGAAUCUGCAGCGCAGCUCUUUGCAGUUCUACUGAGAAGUAACCACUGUGGAGUUCAGAGGGGGCAAAGUCUGUGGGGAAGUGAAGGAGGGAAGGCUUUAAAACUGGGAAGAGGAGAAGCUUUGGUCUGAUGCUGAGAAACACCCCCUGGGUCAGGACCCGGAUUGGUAGCAGUGGUUCUUUGGGGUUUCAGAGGGAUGGAGUCUGUUUCAGACCUACCUUUGAGGACUGAACCUGGGACAUUCUGCCUACAAGAAGAUGCUCUGGCCCUGAGCUGCAAGCCCUUCCUGUAACCUGGGGGCGGGGGGAAUUGAGGGGGGAAGCAGAAGGAAAAAUGGAAGGAGCCUGCAACGCCAGAGGAUGACAGGGAGAAAAGGUGGACAGGAAAGGAAAGUUUUUAAUACAGUUGUGAAGAAGAUCCUCUUUCAGACAUGGCUCCACUUUCCUUGCAAGGUGGGGUUCGGGAGGAAGGUACCGCUCUUCUACCAUGGAAGCUGCGGGUGGGAGAAGCACAGAUGGGGAGGGGGCUUCCCCUCUGAAAGGAAAAUCCCUGCAGGGGCUCUGAGUCUCCAUUUGCUUCUAUCUCCCAGGAAUCCGCUUCUUCUUUAGGCUUCUAAGGAUUCAAGAGGCAGAUCUUGCAAUCCUAUCAAGGAUGGAAGGAGGAAGGUGGACGGUUGACCUGGUCCGGCUGUCUCCUGCAUCCCUCCCCACAACCUCUGGGUGUUUUCUCCCAGGACCCUCAGAGAGAUCUGGUGAGUUCGAGGGGAGGGGAGAAGAGGACAUGGAUGGAUGGAUGUUGGAAGUGGGGAACUUCCCUGGCAAUAGGAAAAGUGGGAGAGGAGAGAAAAGGCAGGAGGUUCCUAACAGGAAGAAGAAAGUGGAAUUCAGGUUUUGCAAGUAUUUUGUACAGCAUGAUUCAUUGAUGGUGACAAAUCCAGUAACUAUUUAUAAUGUAUAUUUCAAGCAUUUCUACGACUAUUGUUUUUUUCUAGAAAGUUAUUAUAUUCAGUUAUUUACUUUAUAUACAGAAAUGUAGGAAUGCCGGGUGCUACCCAGUGUGGCAAAUUUCUUGUCACACCCCCCCCCACACACACACUGGUGGUUUUUGGGGGGAGUUGCCAGCAAAAAUGGUUUGACUUUAUUUCAUAUUUUCUUACAAAGGAAUGUGGAUUCGGGGCCUCCGAUAACAAGUAGGUGACUGUGGACAGAUACUUAAAUCUACAGGAUGGAUUGUGUUUUGGCUUGUGUUGUUUUAUUUAUAUUUCUAUUUUAUUUAUUUAAUAUUUUUUUAAAAAGAAAACUGCAAAGUGGUUUGUUGCAUUUGUUGUUGUUGUUGUUUAGUCGUUUAGUCGUGUCCGACUCUUCGUGACCCCAUGGACCAGAGCACGCCAGGCACUCCUGUCUUCCACUGCCUCCCACAGUUUGGUCAGACUCAUGCUGGUAGCUUCAAGAACAUUCUCCAACCAUCUCAUCCUCUGUCGUCCCCUGCUUCUUGUGCCCUCAAUUUUUCCCAACAUCAGGGUCUUUUCCAGGGAGUCUUCUCUUCUCAUGAGGUGGCCAAAGUAUUGGAGCCUCAGCUUCACGAUCUGUCCUUCCAGUGAGCACUCAGGGCUGAUUUCCUUCAGAAUUAAUAGGUUUGAUCUUUUGCAGUCCAUGGGACUCUCAAGAGUCUCCUCCAGCACCAGAAUUCAAAAGCAUCAAUUCUUCAGCGAUCAGCCUUCUUAAUGGUCCAGCUCUCACUUCUAUACAUCACUACUGGGAAAACCAGUAGUGGUUUAACUAUACAGACCUUUGUUGGCAAGGUGAUGUCUCUGCUUUUUAAGAUGUUGUCUGGGUUUGUCAUUGCUUUUCUCCGAAGAAGCAGGUGUCUUUUAAUUUUGUGGCUGCUGUCACCAUCUGCAGUGAUCAUAGAGCCCAAGAAAGUAAAAUCUCUCACUGCCUCCAUUUCUUCCCCUUCUAUUUGCCAGGAGAUGAUGGGCCCAGUGGCCAUGAUCUUCGUUUUUUUGAUGUUGAGCUUCAGACCAUAUUUUGCGCUCUCCUCUUUCACCCUCAUUAAAAGGUUCUUUAAUUCCUCCUCACUUUCUGCCAUCAAGGUUGUGUCAUCUGCAUAUCUGAGAUUUCUUCCUGCAAUCUUAAUUCCGGCUUGCGAUUCAUCUAGCCCAGCCUUUCGCAUGGUGAAUUCUGCAUAUAAGUUAAAUAAGCAGGGAGACAAUAUACAGCCUUGUCGUACUCCUUUCCCAAUUUUGAACCAAUCAGUUGUUCCAUAUCCAGUUCUAACUGUAGCUUCUUGUCCCACAUAGAGAUUUCUCAGGAGACAGAUGAGGUGAUCAGGCACUCCCAUUUCUUUAAGAACUUGCCAUAGUUUGCUGUGGUCGACACAGUCAAAGGCUUUUGCAUAGUCAAUGACGCAGAAGUAGCUGUCUUUCUGGAACUCUCUAGCUUUCAUCCAGCGCAUGUUUGCAAUUUGGUCUCUGGUUCCUCUGCCUCUUCUAAAUCCAGCUUGCACUUCUGGGAGUUCCCGGUCCACAUACUGCUUAAGCCUGCCUUGUAGAAUUUUAAGCAUAACUUUGCUAGCAUGUGAAAUGAGUGCAAUUGUGCAGUAGUUGGAGCAUUCUUUGGCACUGCCCUUCCUUGGGAUUGGGGUGUACACUGAUCUUCUCCAAUCCUCUGGCCACUGCUGAGUUUUCAAAAUUUGUUGGCAUAUUUUGUGUAGCACCUUAACAGCAUCAUCUUUUAAAAUUUUAAAUAGUUCAGCUGGAAUAUCACCACUUCCACUGGCCUUGUUAUUAGCAGUGCUUUCUAAGGCCCAUUUGACUUCACUCUCCAGGAUGUCUGGCUCAAGGUCAGCAACCACACUACCUGGGGUGUACGAGACAUCCAUAUCUUUCUGGUAUAAUUCCUCUGUGUAUUCUUGCCACCUCUUCUUGAUGUCCUGUAUCUUUCACUAUCUCCCUCGCAUUUUGCUUGCGGUGGACUCGUAAUCUGGUGAACCGGGUUCACUUCCCCGCUCCUCCACAUGCAGCUGCUGGGUGACCUUGGGCUAGUCACACUUCUCUGAAGUCUCUCAGCCCCACUCACCUCACAGAGUGUUUGUUGUGGGGGAGGAAGGGAAAGGAGAAUGUUAGCUGCUUUGAGACUCCUUUGGGUAGUGAUAAAGCGGGAUAUCAAAUCCAAACUCCUCCUCCUCCUCCUCUUCUUCUUCUUCUUCUUCUUCUCCCUCUCCCCCGCUAUUUGUAAGGCCUCGUUGUACAGCCACUUUGCUUUCUUUCAUUUCCUUUUCAUUGGGAUGGUUUUAGUUGCUGCCUCCUGUAUAAUGUUACGAGCCUCCAUCCAUAGUUCUUCAGGCACUCUGUCCACCAAAUCUAAAUCCUUAAACCUGUUCCUCACUUCCACUGUAUAUUCAUAAGGGAUUUGAUUUAGAUUGUAUCUUACCGGCCCAGUGGUUUUUCCUACUUUCUUCAGAUUAAGCUUGAAUUUUGCUAUAAGAAACUGAUGAUCUGAGCCACAGGCAGCUCCAGGUCUUGUUUUUGCUGACUGUAUAGAGCUUCUCCAUCUUUGGCUGCAGAGAAUAUAAUCAAUCUGAUUUUGAUGCUACCCAUCUGGUGAUGUCCAUGUGUAGAGUCGUCUCUUGUGUUGUUGGAAAAGCGUGUUUGUGAUGACCAGCUUGUUCUCUUGGCAGAACUCUAUUAACCUUUGCCCUGCUUCGUUUUGAACUCCAAGGCCAAACUUGCCAGUUGUUCCUUUUAUCUCUUGAUUCCCUACUUUAGCAUUCCAAUCCCCUAUAAUGAGAAGAACAUCCUUCUUUGGUGUCAUUUCUAGAAGGUGUUGUAAGUCUUUAUAGAAUUGGUCAAUUUCAGUUUCUUCAGCACCAGUAGUUGGUGCAUAAACUUGGAUUACUGUGAUGUUAAAAGGUCUGCCUUGGAUUUGUAUCGAGAUCAUUCUAUCAUUUUUGAGAUUGCAUCCCAGUACAGCUCUCGCCACUCUUUUGUUGACUAUGAGGGCCACUCCAUUUCUUUUACGGGAUUCUUGCCCACAGUAGUAGAUAAUGAUGGUCAUCCGAACUGAAUUCGGCCAUUCCCGUUCAUUUUAGUUCACUGAUGACCAGGAUGUCAAUAUUUAUUCUUGCCAUCUCAUUUUUGACCACAUCCAACUUACCAAGGUUCAUGGUUCUUACAUUCCAGGUUCCUAUGGAAUAUUUUUCUUUACAGCAUUGGACUUUCCUUUCGCUUCCAGGCAUAUCCGCAACUGAGUGACCUUUUGGCUUUGGCCCAGCCGCUUCAUCAGCUCUGAAUCUACUUGUACUUGUCCUCUGCUCUUCCUCAGUAGCAUGUUGGACGCCUUCCGACCUGAGGGGCUCAUCUUCCAGCGUCAUAACUUUUAUAUGCCUGUUGUCUUUGUCCAUUGAGUUUUCUUGGCAGGGAUACUGGAGUGGCUUGCCAGUUCCUGCUCCAGGUGGAUCACGUUUGGUCAAAACUCUCCACUAUGACCUGUCCAUCUUGGGCGGCCCUGCACGGCAUAGCUCAUAGCUACUCUGAGUUAUUCAAGCCCCUUCAUCACGGCAAUCCAUGAAGGGGAUGCAGCAAAUUAGUAACGAGAUAAUAAUGGCAUGUAACUUACCAGUUUAGAUUGUAAGGUAAAGCUGAUAAGGGAGAAUCUAGGAGAUGUUUCAGUAAGUGAAAGUGCUGACUGAGCUUUGUGUAUGUUAACUUCCUUCCUCCUUAUCCUUGAAACCCUAAUAGGAAUUUCUUUCUCCUUGCUCUGAAGCAGGUGGAGAUGACAGACAGAACUCUGCAGGACCACCUGUAAUUUCACCGGUAAUAACAACGAAACUGUUGGAAUGUGCAAGGAGCUUUAUGGAUACUGGAAAGCUUAGAAAUCGUCUACAAACUCACACAGGGGGGAAACGAUAUGAAUGUAUGGAGAGUGGAAAGAUCUUCAGUCAUAGAGAAAAGCUUAGAAUUCACAAACGAACUCACAGAGGGGGAAAACCAUUUAAAUGCAUGGAGUGUGGAAAGAGCUUCAAUGAUAGUAGAAACCUAAAGGUACAUCAACGAACUCACACAGGGGAGAAACCCUAUAAAUGUUUGGAGUGUGGAAACAGCUUCAGGCAAAUAGGUACCCUUCGAAGUCAUCAACGAACUCACACAGGAGAAAAGCCAUUUAAAUGUAUGGAGUGUGGAAAGAACUUCACUAAUAGGGGAUACCUCAGAAUACAUGUGGUAACUCACAGAGGGGAAAGGCCAUAUAAAUGUAUGGAGUGUGGAAAGAGCUUCAUUCAAAACAGUACCCUUCAAAGUCAUCAAGUAACUCACACAGGGGAAAAGCCAUUUAAAUGUAUAGAGUGUGGAAAGAGCUUUGGUCUGAGUAAUAACCUUAGAAGACACCAACGAAUUCACACAGGAGAAAAACCAUUUGAAUGUAUACAGUGUGGAAAGAGCUUCACUGAUAGGCAAAAUUUAAGAAGACAUAAACAGACUCACACAGGAGAAAAGCCGUUUAAAUGUAUGGUGUGUGGAAACAGUUAUACCCAGAAUGCAUACCUUAAGUUACAUCAACGAACACACAUGGGGGAAAGACCAUAUAAAUGCAUGGAGUGUGGAAAGUGUUUCCAUGAAAAGAGAGGUCUUGGAAAACAUAAACGAAUUCAUAUAGGAGAAAAAUCAUAUAAAUGUAUGGAGUGUGGAAAGACUUUCAGUACGGGUUCAGCACUUAAUAUUCACCAUCGAAUCCACACAGGAGAAAAACCAUAUAAAUGUAUAGAAUGUGGAAAGACCUUCAGAAGAAGCAAUAAGCUUAGAUUACACCAACGAACUCACACAGGGGAGAAACCAUUUAAAUGUAUGGAGUGUGGAAAGACCUUCAGUCGUAAAGAUAAACUUACAUCACAUCAACAGACUCAUACAAGGUGAAGACCAUUCCAAUGUAUUGAGUGUGAAAAGACCUAUAGUUGCAAUGAUAUCCUUAGAAUACAUCAACAAACUCACACAAUGGAAAAACCAAUAUAUUGUACGGUGUGGAAAGUGUGUGUGUGUGUGUGUGUGUGUGGUUUUUCAUAAGAUAAAUUUAAUAUCAGAUAUCUUCCCUCCUCCCCUUUGUUGGUCCUAUUGUAAAUCAUUUCCUCCUGCAUCUUUUAUAAUAAUCCAAAUCUUUUACAUCUCUAUUAUGCCCAAAGUGCACCAUGAAACUACAAGUUUAUUCCAAUCCUAGAAACAAUUUUAGCUUUUUACAAUGGUUUUUAGUAUAGUUUGUAAAUUUUACCCAUUCCUUAUUAAAGUUUACUGUUCCUGAUUUCAAA